AUGGCAAGACAAGCGGUGAAAGGAACUGAUCGACUACGAGCUCAGUGGUACUGGAAAUCGAGUUACGAUCCAUGGUCAAGAAGUGGAAAAGAAGAAUGGACAAAAUAUUCUGAUAUCGAAUCCGAGAUUAUCGAAGAAGCAUUUAAUGGGAAAGACGAAGAAGAAGUCCUACUUCCACCCGGAACAAUAUUUCAAAUAAUCAAAGUAAAAUCUGAUCCAGAAACAGGAAAAACCUAUAUUGAUUUAAAACUCCAAUCUACAUACCAUACAUGA